GGUGAGGGGCACGUAAGGCUGUUGGCUGUUGGCUGUUGGCUGUUGAAGUGUUACAUAGUAGUAUGAUGGUUGUAACUAAAACAUGAGGCUACCCUUCGGGUAGCGCAAGAGCCCGAACUUCCACUUAGCACCCCCUAUAUUCUAGUGCUAAUUGGGGGGCCAUUACAGAUCCAGCUCCCACAGCGCAUUGUUGGCGCUUUUCAUCAUGGCACGGCGAGGUGGACUGUCUGGGUAAAGGAGUGGGUGUCAGUUCUUUUACAUGACCCUGGGGGUUGUAAGCCGGAAGACGGAUAACGUAAAAUAAUAAUGAAAUGGAGGCAUCCUAGCCUCGGGGCCACAUAUAAUUGAUAAGAGGUAUCAGAUAACAAGUAGGUACCUGUUAAACCGCUUUAAUAGAUUUUCUCCGUUGUGCCGCCCCACUCUUUCCGCCAUCUUCCGGCCAAAUUGUUCAAUUCUUUUUUUUUUUUUUUUGGAAGGAAACACCUACGACGGCUUCUUUCCGGUCCUUCCUCUUAAAAAGCCUCAAAACAGCACAAGUCCUUGCCGAAGGUAUAACCAAUUGGGCCUCUUUCGCGCGCCGUUCUACUCUCCUCUCAAUCUGAUUCCCUUCUUUCCUAUUUUCGCUUCCCUGCCCAAUAACCACAAUGGCUGCCGCGAAAGCUGUUAAUACGCCCGCUCAGGAUAGCGGGAUUUCUCUCUACUCCAAGUUCGCCCUUGCCGGUGCUAUUUGCUGCUCCGUCACCCACGGCGCGCUCACCCCCAUCGAUGUCGUCAAGACCAGAAUCCAGCUUGACCCCGCUACGUACAACCGAGGUCUCUUUGGCGGCAUCCGUCAGGUCGUCGCAAAUGAGGGUGCCGGCGCCCUUCUGACCGGUGCCGGUCCUACCUUUGCCGGUUACUUCCUCCAGGGGGCCUUCAAGUUUGGUGGAUACGAAUUCUUCAAGCAGCAGGCCAUCAACCUUAUCGGCCUCGAGAAUGCCUCGCAAUAUCGAACCGGCGUUUACCUCGUGUCGUCCGCCUUCGCCGAAUUCUUCGCCGACAUUGCCCUCUGCCCUCUCGAGGCCACCCGUAUCCGUCUCGUCUCCGAGCCGACUUACGCCAGCGGCCUCGUGAGCGGUUUCAGCAAGAUCCUCUCGCAGGAGGGUAUCGGUGCUUUCUAUGCCGGCUUCGGUCCCAUCCUAUUCAAGCAGGUUCCUUACACCAUGGCCAAGUUCGUCGUUUAUGAGAAGGUUGCUGAGGCUGUCUACCGACGAUAUCCCAAGAACACGUUGUCCGACGGCGCGCAAACCACCGUCAACCUGGGAUCCGGUCUGAUGGCCGGUUUCGCUGCCGCUAUCGUCUCCCAGCCCGCCGACACCAUGCUGUCCAAGAUUAACAAGACCAAGGGUCUCCCCGGCGAGAGCACAACCAGCCGUUUGAUUAAGAUUGCCAAGGAACUUGGUCUCCGCGGCUCCUACAGCGGUAUUGGUGCCCGUCUCUUCAUGGUAGGGACUUUAACGGCUGGACAGUUCGCAAUAUACGGAGACAUUCGUAAGCUAUUAAACGUGAAAGGGGGGGUAGAAAUUAGCAAAUAGAUGUCAUGAUAGAGCCAGGGAGUAGAGGAUGGGGUCAUAGAGUCUUCGGAAUGGCAUUAAAUGUACAUAUAGCAGUUUUAGA